AUGGUUGGGUAUUUCAGGAGUUUCAUACAAGGGUUUGCUGAAAUUGCAGGGCCACUCUACGAACUACUUCAAAAGGAUACUACUUUCAAGAUGACUACUGAAAGACUUAAUGCUUUUCACCAAUUACAAAAGGCUCUGACAGAAUGCCCUACUCUUACAAACCCACAUCCGAGCUGGCCAUAUGUGCUAGAUACCGAUGCUUCUACUACUGCCAUUGGGGCAUGCUUAAUGCAAAUGGAUGAUCUACAUAAUCUACAUCCUGUUCGUUUUGGAUCCCGACGGUUAACAGCUGCUGAGCGAAAUUGGCCAAUCUAUGAAUUAGAAGGAUUCGCUGUCGUUCAUUUCAUAUUAGCGUUUCGACCAUACUUAAUUGGUCGAACUUUUACCGUGAGGUCUGACCAUAAGCCUCUUCAAUGGCUGUGGAAAAUCGAUAAGCCUAGACUUGCUAGAUGGUCUAUGGCACUACAGCAAUUUGACUUUAAGAUCAUAUACAGCCCAGGUACCGCUCAAGAGCAAGUCGAUAUAUUCACCAGAGAUGUUGAGUUUACCAAGGCAGAUGAAUUUGUCGAUAAACAUCUCGGAAGUAUCAGUGUGAAGAGCGGAGUACGGUGUUUGUGA